CAGUGGUAUUAAUCCUGAUUACGACGCCAUCGCUAAGACGUGUCACGCGUUUCGUAAUUAUAAGGAUAGUAUGGACUCGUGGGCCAGUAUUGACGAGAUUAUCCAAUAUUACGGUCAAUACAACGAUCUAUUCAUUAAACACAGCGGACCGGGACAUUGGGCUGAUCCGGAUGAGCUAUCAAUAGGCAACUCCGGGCUGUCGUGGCAUCAAAGUCGUACUCAAAUGGCGAUGUGGUGUAUGUGGUCGUCACCACUACUCAUGUCCACUGAUUUAAGACAAUUGAAACCGGAAUUCAAAGCAAUUCUGCAAAACAAGGCACUGAUUGCUGUGAAUCAAGACAAACACGGAAUCCUCGCUAAGAGAGUGAUUGGCGUAAGGAUUCAUUAAAAAC